CUUUAAUUCCCCGAUAACCGCAUGACUCGCAGUCUGUAUGUUACUCAUAAACGCAUUACAAUUUCUCCAAAAUAAGCACUCGAAAAUUCAGCAGGUUUUCUUAUUCUGGAAUUGAAAAUGUCUUUGAUGCAAGCGACGUGUUUUAUAGGAACACUUUAUUCGUGUUAUCUUUCCUUCACGCUUAUUAAGUUUGUUCUAUCUGUGUUGAAAACGAUGCUUCUUGGUGGCUCAAUCGAGUUUCGUCGAUAUGGUAGCUGGGCAGUCGUUACUGGAUGCACCGACGGUAUUGGUAAGGAAUAUGCGAGACAGCUGGCGGCCAAAGGACUCAACAUAGUUCUCAUGAGUCGUACAAAAGAGAAACUUGAGGCAGUUGCAGUUGAAAUUGAGAAAGACUACAAUGUUGAGACAAAGAUAAUUCAAGUGGAUUUUUCUGGUGGACAUGAGAUUUAUGAUGCAGUAUUGAAGGAAUUAGAUGGAUUAGAUAUUGGAGUUUUAGUUAAUAAUGUCGGAGCCUCUGUUUCUUUCCCGGAAUAUUUUCAUGAUAUUUCCGUUGAGGUCAUUUGGAGACAGGUGAAUGUCAAUGUCAUGUCGUGUGCAAUGUUGACUCGAAUGAUCAUACCAUCAAUGCUUGAAAGAAAGAAAGGCAUCAUAAUCAAUGUAUCAUCAGCCAGUGGCCAAUUCCCUAUGCCACUAACUGGUGCUUAUGGGGCUACUAAGUCAUUUGUGGAUAGAUUCUCGAAAAAUUUACACAAUGAGUACAAUGAUAAAGGCUUGAUUAUUCAGAAUGUUUUUCCAUUCGUCGUCGCAACAAAAAUGUCCGGUGUGAAAAGGGAAAGUCUGCUCACCCCUUUUCCUGAAACUUAUGUUGCGAGCGUUCUCGGUAAAGUCGGAGUCGCCAAGGAAUGUUUUGGGUAUUGGCCGCACGAGUUGCAGGCAUUUAUUACAAUGUUGCUGCCUGAGUGGUUACAAGUGAAGAUAGUCAUGAAUGUGAGCAAACGAUUGCGAGCAAGAGCUCUGAAAAAACGCGAAGCAAAAAAGGAUUCGUAAGAAUUGAUGAAAGAACUGCAUGCCGGUUGACGUAUAAAAUUGUCUUCAUUUGCUCAUACGUUAUUUAAACUAGACUGACUUGCUGAUUCCGUAUUGAUUUUUUUCUGAUAACUACGGCUUCGAUUAGGACAAUUCUUACCACAAUUAGUCUAAUUACGAAUGUUUCAAUAUUAGAACAAGAAAACUCGUCGCGUGCGUGCCUGCACGCUGUCCUGAGUCGAUAUGAAUUAAGUUUAUUGAAUAUUUGCGAAUAAAUGUCUGUGGUGUUUA